AUGCCAAAUGACAGCCAGGUGCUGAGCAGCCUGGAUGGGAUUUACAUCGGUACCGAGUGCUUGGUUGCUUUGUUUGCCACGUUGGGUAACAUCCUGGUCAUCUGGGUGGUGAAGCUGAACUUGACACUUCAGAACACGACUCUGUACUUCAUCGUUUCCCUGGCACUGGCUGAUAUCGCAGUGGGGAUCCUCGUCAUGCCCCUGGCCAUCGUGGUGAGUCUGGGCAUCAGCGUCCGCUUCUACACCUGCCUGUUUAUGUGCUGCCUGAUGGUGGUUUUCACUAACGCGUCCAUCCUCUCCCUCUUGGCCAUCGCGAUCGACAGAUACCUGCGAGUGAAGCUGCCAACCAGAUACAAAUUAAUCAUUACAGAGAGAAGAGUUUGGUGGGCACUGGGUUUCUGCUGGUCUGUGUCCCUGCUGGUAGGAUUAGUCCCCAUGUUUGGAUGGAACAACAGAGAACCAAGAAACUCCGACUUUCUCAGGUGCCAGUUUGCCUCUGUGAUGAGGAUGGAUUACAUGGUAUAUUUUGGCUUCUUCACAUGGACCCUUGUCCCUCUGCUCAUCAUGUGUGCUCUGUACAUUGAAAUCUUUUACAUCAUCCGGACAAAGCUAAGACAAGGUACCACCAACGCGAGAGGGGCAGGAGGUUUUUAUGGACAGGAGUUCAAGACAGCCAAAUCUCUAGCACUUGUUCUCUUCCUGUUUGCAAUAUCCUGGUUGCCUCUGUGCAUUAUAAACUGCGUUUCCUAUUUUUACCCUAAGUGUCAGAUCCCACCGCAUUUGCUGUACUUAGGAAUCCUGUUAUCCCAUGCCAAUUCUGCCAUGAACCCCAUUGUCUAUGCUUGCAAGAUAAAGAAGUUCAAAAACACAUACCUUUUAAUUUUAAGGACCUAUAUCCUGUGCAAAAAACCAGACCCAGUUCUUACAGAGCAAACAACAGACCAACAGUCAUAA